CUUUAAAAAGGGACCCUCUGCCUAGCCCAGUCAGGCAGUGCAAGAGCCAGAGCGACAGGAUAAGGCAAAAGAUGAAGGUCGUGUUUUUGGUCAGCUGCGCAACCCUCCUCCUCCUACCAUCAGGAUCCGCCUUGCGAUGCUACACCUGCCUGUUCCCUACCAUCUCCCCGCUGGACUGCCUGAAGUUCCCCACACCAUGUGGCCCGUCUCAGAGAUGCCUCACGUCCGUCAUCAGAGGGCACAGAGGUGCCUUGGAACUGGUUAUCUACGAGAAGACCUGUGGGGAUCCUUCGAUGUGUGGGGCCCAUGGCACCCGACCCAUUCUGGGAACCAAUUUCACCUUUUAUUCUUCCUGCUGUGACACUGACCUGUGCAACUCAGCAGCCAGGGGGCUGAGCCUUUUCUGGGGGCAAGCCGCACUGAUCCCCCUGUCAGUCAUCCUGGUCAACCUCCAGUGAGAGCCAUCCCCCAAAGCAGCCAUGCCCCAGGGUGUGAGAUGACUCAGGACCAGCCACCACAUAAUGCUGCUUGCUCUCGGCCCCUGAGAACCAAAAAUGCUCUGGAAGAAGUCUAAAUAACAACUUUCCUGGUUUCCCAUCGCUUUUUUCAUCUCUUUCUCUGGGUUAUCUUCUUAACUGCAAUUUGUGCAUGGAAAUUUAUUUUUUUUA